CCGAGCGCCCGCCCGUCCUCACCGCCAGAGCCCGCCACCCAGGCGCCAUUACCAGGCGGGUGGCCGGCCCUGUGGGGAGGAGGAGCCGCGCGGGGGGCCGGGCCGGCGGGAGCGCGGAGAUGCGCCCUGGAGGUUCGCUGCUCUCUCGGCGGUGCCGAUGCUGGGCCUAGGCUUUUCCCUCCCUUGAUCUUGUCUGGCGUUUUUCUUCCGUUAGUGGCUUUGAUUAGGCCCUUCGUGGCCGUGGCGAGGAGUUGAAAAAACAGAGAGAGAAAGAGAACACGCCCCCAGACCCGGGCCUCCCCGAGCGCCAGGGAGGGGGCGGAGGAGGCUGAGCCCGGCUGUCGCUCGCUCGGCUGGGACUUGAGACUGGCGCGCGGAGGAGCAGCGGCCCGCAGCCGCUCGCCUUCCUCCUCGCUCGCCUGCUCCGCUUUCCCCCCGGAGGGGGUGGGGAGCGGGAACCGAGCGGGAGAACGCCGCACGGCGGCGAACCGCCCAGCAGACAGCCGGCGAGAGCGCGCGCGGGGACCCAUGGCUUCGCUGUACCAGAGGUUCACGGGCAAGAUCAACACCUCACGGUCCUUCCCGGCGCCCCCGGAGGCGAGCCGCCUCCUGGGCGGCCAGGGGCCCGAGGACGACGGCGCGGGGCCCAAGCCCCUGGGAUCCCAGGCGCCCACGGUGGUGUCCCGGGAGCGCGGCGGCGGCGGCGGCGCGGGCGCGGGCGGCCGACCCCGGUUCCAGUACCAGGCACGGAGCGACUGUGACGACGAAGACGAGCUGGUGGGGAGCAACCCUCCCCAGAGGAACUGGAAAGGGAUCGCCAUCGCGCUGCUGGUCAUCCUGGUCAUCUGCUCCCUCAUCGUCACCUCGGUCAUCCUGCUGACGCCAGCGGAAGACAACAGUCUGUCUCAGAAGAAGAAGGUCACGGUGGAGGAUCUCUUCAGUGACGAGUUCAAAGUUCAUGACCCCGAGGCGAAGUGGAUCAGUGAUAAAGAGUUCAUCUACCGGGAACAGAAGGGAAGCGUGAUCCUGCGGGAUGUUGAGGCCAACACGUCUACCGUGCUGAUAGAAGGCAAGAAAAUUGUAAGUACCCUCGGUGAGGGCCGGGAUAAGUGCCGUGGUGUCUCCUGCAGGAAAUGA